GCAUUUCGUUGUGACAUUGUAGAGCUGUUCGAUCGUUUGGGCUACAUGCGGCGCGGUAGCAGGAGACGACAUGGCUGUAGUUGCCAGUCUCUCCACUGCAAGCGGACGCGAGUACUGCGUCAUUUAUUCUUCACCAGCGGCCGUCACUACUGGGAGGUGCUGGUGGAGCGCAUGGUGGACCCUCAGGGCGUCAUGGUGGGCGUGGCACCGUCUGAGGCGUUCGAGGCAGGAGUGACAGAGGAGGCGGUUGGAUACGCUGCGACUGGCGUGAUCCUACACAGCGGUGUGGAAGUCUGCAGAGCCCAAUCCUUCGCAGCGGGAGACACCGUGGGCGUGUAUUUGGAUAUGAAUACGCAGCAGGUGGCGUUCUUCCUGAACGACGAGGCACAGCCGAAUGAGGUUGAAGCAGAGAUGGCCACCCAGGACGGUGAGACGGCUCACAGCGAUGGCACUGUUGAGCUGGAUUUGGAGAUGAAAGCACCGGCAUAUGCCACAAGUACUAGGAGAAUAUCUUGGUAUUCUUUUCGAGCGCGUACAAUGUUCGCGGCAAUCGGAGUCUCCUCUAACGCAGACAGCCUCGUCAUGGUGGGAUCCGAGCUUCCCAAUGACUAUCGAUAGGGUUUUGGUGGGCUGUUGUUAGUAUAGUAUCAGCCCCGUUCCGUUACAACACAGUAUUUAUCACGGGUUACGUUUUGCUGUUCUCCAAGAAUUCUAAACUAGCACGCUUACCAGUGAGAUGAUGGAUGAUCACUGAAGCAGCACCUUCUCGUAAACAGCUUCACACACAGGCAGGAGAUGCUGGAACGUGUCGAUGUUGGUGUAGUUGGCCAUGUUUUUCGACUGGCCCUUGGCGAACAGCGCGUCGAACUGCUCCUCCUUGCGGGUGUACUCGCGCAGGAAGUGGUCGGUGCCGAAGAGGUGGU